GGGAGAAAAAAGAUAUGGCUGGCCGUUGUUGCACUGUGUUUUUCUGAAUUAUUACCGUUAUCUUCCCUAAAUUCUGUGAGGGAAAUUAAAUUCUUUACAUUUUAGAAACAAAACUUAAAUAUUGAAUACGUUGUCGAAUCAAAAGUGAAUAUGUCUUUCUCCUUCGGCACUCCGUCGAGUGCUCCUGCUACGACAGGAUUAUCAGGAGGCUUCAACUUUGGCGCUAACAAACCGGCGACACCCGGUUUUGGUUUGACGGCGACCUCGCAGCCGUCUGGCCUCUUUGGGAGCACCCCAGCGACAGAAGCGCUAGCAUUUGGUAGUGCUACUCCUGCUUUUGGCGCUACAUCCACUGCCCCGGCCUUUGGGGCUUCGUCGACGCCUGCAUUUGGUGCUACCGCGACUCCAGCUUUCGGGGCUGCGGCACCGGCCUUCGGCACGGGAACUCCGGCAUUCGGUGCCACUUCAGCAGCACCAGCUUUCGGCACGACGACACCGGCCUUCGGAUCCACAGCGCCACCUAGCUUUGGUGCCACAACAACACCUGCAUUUGGUGCGAGUGCUGCACCUACGUUUGGUACCACAACGCCAGCAUUUGGUAGCACAGGGUUGGGGACUGGUGGCCUGAACUUUGGAGCAGGUUCUAAUGCUGCUACAAGUGGCACAGGGCUAAGUUUUGGUACACCAGCAACAUCGGCUAGCACAGGUCUUGGUGGCCUCGGUAGCUUUGGCUUUGGGACUGCAGCAUCUAAGCAAAGCACUGGGUUUGGAGUAUUCGGUUCUACGAGUACAGCGACAACUACUACUAGUUUACUUGGUGCAAAGUUGGGUACAACUAGUGUUACGGGCACACAACCUUCCAUUUCAGCAGCACCAAGCUUCGGAUUGGGUGGUGUAGCCCCAAAUACAAGCGGUAUUGGAGUUUCAAAUACUUCCACUGCUGAUGCUAAAAGUGAACCGCCAAAGCAAAAUAAAUUGCCAAAUGAAAUUUCUACUACAGUGGAGUCGUUUAAGGAAUUUGUGAAGAAGCAGAAGUCACUUAGUUCAGAAGUAAUGAGGGCGUCUGUCAAGCCAUUGUACAAGGUAUCCCGCGAGGCGGAGUCCACACUGCGCGAGGUGCUGUCGCUGAGUGGCGAGCUGAGCCGCGGCCGCGCGCACUCCCGCCGCCUCCGCGCCGCCGCCGCCGCCGCGCUCGCCGCCGCCGAGACCGCCACCAGGGACUACACCACACCCGGUUCGGAGUUAGAAGGCACCGCUCCGCCGGCCUACGUGAAGGAGUUAAUAGCUGAGUUGGAACAACAGCUGAUCACCUUCCGCAGACAGAUGGACGUCGCGGACAAACAGAUGCAAUCUUCGCCUAAACUGCUUAGUGAACAGGAGUUGACAAUGGGUAUCAGACGUAUGCAUGAGUCGCUAGUUGCGUUGGCGGGCCGCCUACAAGCCGUCCACACUCAAGUUGAAGCACAGAAGGAACAAUACCUCAAUUUACGCAAGUACAUACUCAAGGAUCCAACCAACGUCUUCGAUGCACCGUCUCCUAGUACAAGUCUAGACCAAAUCCUUCGGGAUGCCGAGACCAACAGGAAGAAGUUGAAAUCUGGUGCCUUUACUGACAUCAGCCAAGGAAGUGCCGUACUCUCAGAUCCUCGAGCUGCCUUAGGUAACCUGCAGCAGUUGGCGGGACCAACUCCCUUUACUUAUGUUGGCAGUGCUAUGUCCCCGUUCCCGUCGGUAGACGCCAGUGGUCCUUCAUGGCAGCCGCAAUCGACGCCUGCUCUAAACUCUUCGUUGAAUACUAGCUUCGGUAUCUCCCAAGCGGACACGUCUGUCGGCUUCCAGCUACAGAAACCGCCCGGCAAGCGAGGGAAACAAUGAUAUUGGCGUUAGUACGCGCAAGUGCCACGUGCUAAACGACACUGGACAAUCAUAGAAUAGUGCUUUAUUUGAAUAGGCGGUUAAAAUAUCGUGAUUCUAAUUGGUCCGCAUUUUAGAUUGGCGAAAAAUAUUGGACACGUAUUUUUUAUUUUAACAAAAUAUUAACCGUCGUACCACAAAAACUUUUAAACGUCUGUUGAACUCUUGUCUAUUUUUUUUAUAGAUUAUGACGUUGAAAUAAGGUCCGUUUUGCAGCGACACUUUUUAAGUUUUCAACAGAUGCUUAAGUUUUUGUAGUAAGGCUGUUAAUGUUUGCUAAGAUAACGCAACAAAGAUUGUGUGUGGGGGCUCGUGACGUCACGUCUAUGUAAAAUUUGUACUCAAAAGUGACGUAACAAAAUUCAAUCGUGUUGUACCUUUGCUGUUAUUUGUUUGUGAAAGAAAAGAAAAAAUAUGUGCCCAUUAUUUUAGAGUUAUCUAAAAGACGGACUAAUUACUUUUUCAUUCGCCAUGCCUAUUGUAAUAAACUAGUAACCCCUCCGCAAGGGUAUAAAUUGUAAAAACUUCA